UGUGAGAUGAUUAAUCUCUCUCAGUGGAGAGCCAGGAUUGGCUUAUGGAACUGUUGCCAAGCUGCUUCUGGUAGACCAGCUAAAGCUUCCCAGUGUUCAUGCCAGUGUGUUGAUGAAAUAAAUGUACAGCAGUCUAUGGCUGUGUAUUUUGAGAUAUAUACUGAGUCUAAUCAGAAUGUUUGUUAUCAUCAUUUCAUGCUUCUUCUCCUCUUAGCAGGAGAUAUUGAACUCAAUCCAGGACCAGGUCCUAUGAUUGAUAUACUGAAAGCUAAAUCAGCAAGUCUUACUGAUGCAAUGUCUGCUGAUCCUGUAAGAAUAGCAAAUGAACUGUAUGCCAAAGAGCUCAUACCACGAGAGACCAAACUUGAAAUGCAUAUAGCAGCAGAUUCUAUUUAUACCAAAGCUAGCAAGCUGAUGAAUGCUAUUGAAGGACAAUUGGCAGGUUUAGAAGGUUUGGAUGAUUCUCUCUAUUCUAGACAGUAUCUGAUUAAUUUUUGUAAAGUACUUAUAAAUCAACACUCAAGGAGCCUAGCGGAUCUUGUAAAAUCUAUGUUAGAUGAGCUAG